AUGACAACGCCCAGAAAUUCAGUGAGUGGAACUUUUCCAGCAGAGCCUAUGCAGCGCCCUCUUGGCAUGUAUCCCACUCAGAAAACAAUUCCCUGGAAGAUAUCUUCACUGACAGGCCCCACACAACACUUCUUCAUCAGAGAGUCGAAGACUUUUGGGGCUAUCCAGAUCAUGAAUGGGCUCAUCCACUUUGCCCUGGGGGGUCUCUUGAUGAUCCCCGUUGGGAUCUAUUCACCUAUCUGUAUGGCUGUCUGGUACCCUCUCUGGGGAGGCACUCUGUUCAUCAUUUCCGGAUCACUUCUGGUAGCAGCAGAGAAAACUGCCAGGGAUACUUUGAUCAAAGGAAAAAUGAUAAUGAACUCAUUGGGCCUCUUUGCCGCCAUUGCUGGGAUAAUUCUUUUGAUCAUGGACAUAUUUAAUAUUACACUCUCUCAUUUUUUUAAAAUGGACAGUUUGUAUUUUAUUAAAGCUGCUGCACCAAAUAUUAACAUAUACAACUGUGAACAAGCUCAGACCAUUGAGAGAAACCCUGUAUCGACGCAGUAUUGUUACAGCGUGCGAUCCAUGUUCUUGGGCAUUUUCGCUGUGAUGUUGAUCUUCUCCUUCUUCCAGAAACUCGUGGCAGCUGGCACUGCUGAGAACGACUGGAGGCAACUGUGCUCCAAGCCCAGAGCUAAUGUGGUUCUUCUAUCAGCGGAGGGGAAAAAAGAGCAAAAAAUUGAAAUAAAAGAACAAGUGGUGGAGUUAACCGUAGUCUCUUCCCAACCAAAGAAUGAGGAAGACGUUGAAAUCAUUCCAGUUCUAGAAGAAGAAGAAGCAGCAGCAGCAGCGGAAGGAGCAGAAAUAAACUUCCCAGAACCUCCUCCAGAGCAGGAAUCCACACCAGUGGAAAAUGAUGUCGCCCCUAAUUGUUCUUCUUGA